CGGACGGGCGUGGUCUACUUUAGUAGUGGUGACUGGUAGCAGGCCAGCGAGGUUGUUGAAUCAAGUUGCUAUGGAAGGGGAAUUGAAUAUGUUAGAAUCUUGGGACGGUACCCUAUCUGCUGCAGAAUUCUAUGUUGCCGCUUGUGCUUUUGCGGAGCAAUGGAAAAAAUUCAAUUCAUAUCUUCCUCAAUGGUCGUGGGUUCCUUCUGCAAAACUUCCAUGGAUUUCCCAUCCUAAUCACCCAGUGGGAUAUUUGUCUCUGGAAAAUGUGAUUAUUCCAAGCUUAUCCGAGGUGGUUUGCUCAUGCGAGAAGAUUACAAAUCUGAUCUUUGGUCCUUCUGUGUUUCUGUUCUCGAAGAAAGCCUGCAACAAAGGUGGUAAUGUAGAGAAAGAAGAGUGUGUUAAUGAAUACGAAGAUGAAGCCGUUGAUGCUGCUGUUGUGGUUCAUAAUGGUGGUUCAGGAGUACACUGCUAUGACCUCCAUGUUGUUUAUAGUGCUUCUUAUAGGGUUCCGGUGCUACAUUUCCGGGCUUAUUGCGAAGGCAAUUAA